GCGCUGUUAUCGACCGUUGGAAGCUGUCAAGAGAAGAACUUCUGAAGAAUUCUUGGAGCCUUCUAUGCAUAUUUAUUCAUUAGUGAAAAAUGACCACUGCUAACAAGACACCCCCUGGUGCAGAUCCAAAGCAGCUGGAAAGAACUGGAACUGUUAGAGAAAUAGGAUCACAAGCUGUUUGGUCACUUUCAUCUUGUAAACCAGGAUUUGGUGUAGACCAAUUACGAGAUGAUAAUCUAGAAACAUACUGGCAGUCUGAUGGAUCACAGCCUCACUUGGUGAACAUCCAGUUCAGAAGAAAAACAACAGUCAAGACACUAUGUAUUUAUGCAGAUUAUAAAUCUGAUGAAAGCUACACUCCAAGCAAGAUCUCUGUCAGAGUAGGAAACAAUUUCCACAACUUGCAGGAAAUCCGGCAACUUGAAUUAGUGGAACCGAGUGGUUGGAUUCAUGUUCCCUUAACUGAUACUCACAAGAAACCUAUUCGCACUUUUAUGAUUCAGAUUGCUGUUUUAGCCAAUCACCAAAAUGGAAGAGACACUCAUAUGCGACAAAUUAAGGUGUAUACACCAGUGGAAGAAAGUUCUAUUGGUAAAUUUCCUAGAUGUACAACUAUUGAUUUCAUGAUGUAUCGUUCGAUCAGGUAAACAAUCAACAGUUUUGUACUUGAAUUAUAACAAUGUAUUUUUGUGUAAUUUUAAAAUAAAGACUUGAAAUUUGCUUGUUA